CUCCAGAUUUGAGGUUCAGCUUCUUCUUGUUUCUUUUCUACUUUAUUUUGUUAUUUCGAUCAUCUAUUGCAUUCGUUCGUCUUCUGCAUGGUCACUGUGUCAGGAAAUUCAGCUGUGUACAACAACAGAAACUCCUCUGCUUCAUCGAAAUACCUCAGCAGCUCCUUCCUCCAUGGAACUAACAUGAAUGGACAGGUUGCAAGCAUAAGAAGAAAGGAAGUCUCCCCUGCUUUCUUUGCAAGCCUCAAAGCUACAUUAACAUUCGAUCCCUCGACUACCAACCAAGAAAAAGUUAAGACACGUAAGCACACGGUUGAUCCGAAUGCUCCUGACUUCCUCCCCCUUCCAUCCUUUGAGGAUUGCUUCCCUAAAAGCACCAAAGAAUACACGGAAGUUGUCCACGAGUUGUCCACCAUUGGAGCUGCCAACAUCGGGGUUCUUGGAACAGCGCUACUCUGCUACGUGACCCCUAAAGAGCAUCUAGGAUUGCCUAAUCGCGAUGAUGUGAAAGCCGGAGUCAUUGCGUACAAGAUAGCUGCACAUGCUGCUGAUCUGGCAAAGCAGCAUCCUCACGCUCAAGCUUGGGAUGAUGCACUGAGCAAGGCGAGAUUCGAGUUCCGCUGGAUGGAUCAGUUUGCUCUGUCGUUGGACCCGACCACUGCCUUGUCGUUCCAUGACGAAACACUGCCGUCUGAUGGUGCUAAAGUGGCACACUUCUGCUCGAUGUGCAGGCCCAAGUUCUGCUCGAUGAAGAUAACCAAGGACGUCAGGAAAUAUGCGGAGGAGCACGGCUAUGGGGACGCGGAGGAGGCCGUAUUGCACGGCAUGGAAGCCAUGAGUGCUGAGUUCUUAGCUGCCAAGAAGACUGUGAGUGGAGAGCAACAUGGCGAGGUUGGAGGUGAAAUUUACUUACUGGUGCAGUAUGCCAAAUCUAAGACAGUUUGAAGGGGCUUCUUUCACAGAAGAUGCAAUAAACUAGGCACGAUCGAGAACCGAGUCUUGGAGCUAUGAUGCAUGGAUUAGCUAAGUCAAGAUUCAAGAAUGAUGAGGUUUGAGAAAGCUCUUGAUGCAUUAGGUGAGUACAAUAGUAGCUUGAGCUAUGAAGUGUGUCGAACGCCCUUUUAAUCUCGAUCACCAUGUGCUUAUAUGGAUUAAUAAAAAUGUUUUUAAUUUUCUUUUGAUGUUAAAUGUCUCUUUUAGUCCAUUGAAUGACGUGAAAAUGCACCGGGGGUGUCUGUAUCGGGUCCAGUUGAGGCUCGGGGCUUGGACCCGAUCGGGCUGAGAAAGUCCCUUUGCACCUGAACAGGAUAAUGCCUGCGUAGGGAGUGUGCUUUUUUUGUGUUUGUGUGUUUGCAGAUGGAAGACUGCCCAGUUUCAGCCAUCUCUGCACCUUCAUAUUAUGUAUGCUUGUAUGAAGCAAGCGUUUCAACAUGUCCUGUUUUGGUUUAGAAAGUUAGACAAUUGCAGAUCUAGGUGGGUCGGUUUCUCAUUAACGUAUGUCUCAAAAUGGCCACACUAUAUCCCGACAGAGGAGGGGUUGUCAAGACCUCCAUUGCACCUCUGGAGUUGAACAUAUUGAUCAAUUCAACUA